AUGGUACCAAAUAUUACUCCAGAGAAUACAGAGAAUAAUGGAAGCUCAACCGAUCAUCUUAAUCACCUUAAUGAUGAAUGGACAACUUCACAAUUAGGAUUCGGGACAAGAGCAAUACAUGUUGGGCAAGAACCUGAUCCAGCUACAGGUGCAGUAAUUCCUCCAAUAUCUUUAUCAACUACUUUUAAACAAACUGCCAUUGGAAUUCAUAAGGGAUAUGAAUAUUCUAGAGCAAAUAAUCCAACCAGAAAUGCAUUUGAAGAAACUGUAGCAUCAUUAGAAAAUGGCAAAUAUGGUAUUGCAUUUUCUUCCGGGUCAGCCGUAACCAGUACAAUUGUUAUAUCGAUAGGUACAGGUAAUCAUAUAAUAUCGGUAAAUGAUGUAUACGGUGGUUCCUUUCGUUAUUUUAAACGAGUAGCAAAUACUCAAGGAAUAGAAACAACUUUUGUUGAUUUUCUUGAUCCUCAAAAUAUUGAAUUAGCUUUUAAAGAAAAUACUAAGCUUGUUUGGGUUGAAACACCUACAAAUCCUACACUUCGAAUAGUUGAUAUUCGUGAAAUAUCCAUAAUUGCACAUAAACAUAAUGCAAUUUUAGUAGUUGAUAAUACAUUUAUGAGUCCAUAUUUUCAAAAUCCAUUAGAAUUAGGAGCUGAUAUUGUAGUUCAUUCCGUCACCAAAUAUAUUAAUGGACAUUCAGAUGUAGUUAUGGGUAUAGCCGUAAUGAAUGAUAUAGAAAUUUAUCAAAAACUUCGAUUUCUUCAAAAUGCUACUGGAGCUGUACCAUCACCAUUUGAUUCGUGGUUGGCUAGUCGUGGAUUAAAAACUUUACAUUUAAGAAUGGAAAAACAUCAAGAAAAUGCUAUGGCUAUUGCUAAAUUUUUAGAAAAAUCAGAUAAAGUUAUAGAAGUUAUUUAUCCUGGAUUAGAAAGUCAUAAACAACAUAAAUUAGCUAAAAAACAAACUAAAGGAUUUGGAGGAAUGCUCAGUUUUAAAAUUAAAGGUGGUUAUGAAGAAGCUAAUUUAUUUUUACAAAGAGUUGAAAGUUUAGCAGAACAUCCAGCAAGAAUGACUCAUGCUUCACUUACUGAAGAACAUCGUAUUGCAGUAGGCGUCACAGAUAAUUUGAUAAGAUUAUCUGUGGGCAUAGAAGAUACUGAAGAUUUGUUAGCGGAUAUAGAACAAGCACUUAAUAUAGCGGUACAAUAA